AUACUCCAUCCGGGUUCUUCGAGAUGCUGUUUGGCGACUCGUCGCCAUUCCCGGAGCAGCUCGGCCUCGGUUCUGAGGCGAGUGUCGGUCGCUGUGUCGGAGACACCCGUCCCCGACACCAAGACAACCAGCCCUCUCCCCUGCCCCGCGGUGGGAGAGCGUGUCCGGCCGGCCGGCGGGGCUCGCGCACCUUCCCUCGCCUCCCCUUCCCCCGCAGCCUCCGCCCCGCCAGGCCCGGCCCGGACCUCCGAGCCCCGGCCUUCUCCUCCUCCUCCUCCGUCACCACCGCCGCCGCCGGGCUCCACAGCCCCGCCUGUCGCUUCUCUGACCCGUUUGAGAAGCCGAGGGAGGAAACCAAGAAAAAUGUCGCCAUGAAGGCCGAGAACCGCUGCCGCCGCCGACCCCCGCCGGCCCCGAACGCCAUGAGCCUGGGUCCCCGCCGCGCCCGUUCCGCUCCGACCGCCGCCGCCGCCGCCGAGGCCCCUGUUGAUGCCGCAGAGCUCCCCCAGCGCCGCCGCCAUCGCCUCCGACAUGGACAAGAACAGCAACUCCAGCAGCUCCUCCGCCUCUUCGGGCAGCAGCAAAGGGCAGCAGCCGCCCCGCUCCGCCUCGGCGGGCUCGGCGGGCGAGUCUAAACCCAAGAGCGAUGGAAAGAACUCAAAUGGAUCCAAGCGUUAUAAUCGUAAACGUGAACCUUCCUUCCCCAAAAAUGAAAAUUUUAGCAACCAGUCCCGUCGCUCCAAUUCACAGAAAAGCAAAACUUUUAAUAAGAUGCCUCUUCAAAGGGGUUGCAGCAGCGGCAGCAGCAGCAAAGUCUUUAGCUCUUCUUUUAACGGUGGAAGACGAGAUGAGGUAGCAGAGGCUCAGCGGGCAGAAUUUAGCCCUGCCCAGUUUUCUGGUCCUAAGAAGAUCAACCUGAACCACUUGUUGAAUUUCACUUUUGAACCCCGUGGCCAAGCGGGCCACUUUGAAGGCAGUGGACACGGCAGCUGGGGGAAAAGGAACAAGUGGGGACACAAGCCUUUUAACAAGGAACUCUUUUUACAGGCAAACUGCCAAUUUGUGGUGUCUGAAAACCAAGACUACACAGCUCAUUUUGCUGAUCCUGAUACCUUAGUCAACUGGGACUUUGUGGAACAAGUGCGCAUUUGUAGCCACGAAGUGCCAUCUUGCCCAAUAUGCCUAUAUCCACCUACUGCAGCCAAGAUAACCCGUUGCGGACAUAUCUUCUGCUGGGCAUGUAUCCUGCACUACCUUUCACUGAGUGAGAAGACCUGGAGUAAAUGUCCCAUCUGUUACAGCUCUGUGCAUAAGAAGGAUCUCAAGAGUGUUGUUGCCACAGAAUCACGUCAUUAUGUGGUUGGUGAUACUAUUACGAUGCAGCUGAUGAAGAGGGAGAAAGGCGUGUUGGUGGCCUUGCCCAAAUCCAAAUGGAUGAAUGUAAAUCAUCCCAUUCAUUUAGGAGAUGAGCAGCACAGCCAGUACUCCAAGCUGCUGCUGGCUUCGCAGAAGCAGGUGCUGCACCGGGUUGUCCUGGAGGAGAGAGUGGCCCUGGAGCAGCAGCUGGCAGAGGAGAAGCUCACCCCUGAGGCGUGCUUCAUUGAGGCAGCUAUCCAAGAGCUCAGGACUCGGGAGGAAGCUCUGUCUGGAUUGGCUCAAAGUGGAGGAGAUGUCACUGGUGUGGUGGCUGCUGUGGAACAACUGGUGCUGGUGGCUCCCUUGGUGAAGGAGCCCAUUUUCCAGCCCAGGAAGGGCGUACUAGAGUAUCUGUCUGCUUUUGAUGAAGAAAGUAUGGAGGCUUGUUCUCUGGACUCUUCUCGUCCUCUUGCUCUCCCUCUGAUGGAAGAAGAGGACGCAACAUCUGAACUGGAUAUGGAGGGGUUGUCAGAGGCCUGUGAGAACUUGGAGUUAGCAGAUGACAAUCUCGGGGAAGGGACCGGUGUUACUGAGUCUGACCAGCAGGAACCUGUCACCAAGCCAGUCUCCAGCAGUUCUCCUUGUUACUACUUCUACCAAGCGGAGGAUGGCCAGCACAUGUUUCUGCACCCCGUGAAUGCGCGCUGCCUCGUGCGGGAGUAUGGCAGCCUGGAGCACAGCCCCGAGAAGAUCUCCGCAACUGUGGUGGAGAUCGUCGGGUACUCCAUGUCUGAGGAUGUUCGGCAGCGUCAUAGAUAUCUUUCUCAUUUGCCACUCACCUGUGAGUUCAGCAUCUGUGAACUGGCUCUGCAGCCUCCUGUGGUCUCUAAGGAAACCCUAGAGAUGUUCUCAGAUGACAUUGAGAAGAGGAAACGUCAGCGCCAAAAGAAGGCUCGGGAGGAGCGUCGCCGAGAGCGCAGGAUUGAGAUGGAGGAGAACAAGAAACAGGGCAAGUACCCAGAAGUCCACAUUCCCCUAGAAAAUCUACAGCAGUUUCCUGCCUUCAAUUCCGAUAAUAGCUCCUGCAGUUCUGCUUUGGGUCCUACCAGCACUGAGAGUCAGGAGUCCCUCUCCCUUUCUUCUUUUAGAAGUCCUGGGUCCCCUGCAGACUUUCUGCUGACCCCUCUGUCACCCACUGCCGGUCAGGGCAGCCCCUCAUUUUGCGUUGGGAGUCUGGAGGAAGACUCUCCCUUCCCUUCCUUUGCCCAGAUGCUAAGAGUUGGAAAAUCAAAAGCAGAGAUGUGGCCCAAAACUGCACCAAAGAAAGAUGAGAACAGCCUCGUCCCUCCUGCCCAUGUGGAUAGUGAUGGGGAGAGUGACAACUCGGACCGGGUACCGGUGCCCAGUUUCCAGAACUCCUUCAGCCAGGCUAUGGAAGCGGCCUUCCUGAAGCUGGACACAGCUGUUACUGCAGAACCCCUUGCUGAAGAGAAAGGAGGAAAGAAAAGAAAAAAACAGAAACAGAAGCUCCUGUUCAGCACCUCGGUUGUCCACACCAAGUGACACUACUGGCCCGGGCUGCCUUGUCCAUCUGAGUUUCUUUUGUCUUUGCUUUUGUUCUGCUGCUGUAAUUUUUAAGUAUUUGAGUUUGAACAGAUUAGCUUUGGGGGGUGGGGGUGGGGGUUUCCACGUGAGAGGGAACCAAGCAAAUUUUAAAUACAGUGUAUUUUCCAGCUUCCCGUCUUUACACCAAAAUAAAAGUAUUGUCAUGCACAAGAGA